GUGGUGAGUUAUCGCGCUCCGGAGCAGCAGCACCGCGCCUGAGGAUGCGGUGGCAGCUAUCAUAACAUUUCUAACAGAAACAAGAAAAACACAGGGACCAACGUUUGUGAGGCAGCUUUGUUCUGACGUGCACGUUUUCAUCCGAGCGUGUGUGUGUUUGUGUGUGUGUGUUUUAUUUUUUUUUUGUCUACAUCUCCCUUUUCCAUCGUCAACCUGCUGGGGGCCUAGACGCGCAGCAGCAGCAGCAGCAGCAGCACCGGCUUUUAUGAAUGGGAUGCUCGGUUCCCAGGCUGACUGAAUUUAAGACGCAUCAAUAUUCCCUCCGAGGUCUCUAACCAGCAUCACAUUCAAGGUCUGGAAGCUCCUCCCAUCGGCUGACUGCUUCUCUCUCUUACCUCCUCCUGCAAAAGAAAAGGAAAGCACCUAAACCGGCGCCAUGCCAAUCUUGAAACAGCUGGUGUCUGGCUCCUCCCAGACCAAGCGCCGCUCGCGCAUGGACCUGACCCGGGAGAUGAUCAGCGCUCCGCUGGGCGACUUCCGCCACACCAUGCACGUCGGUCGCAGCGGUGACGCCUUCGGAGAUACCUCCUUCCUCAGCAGCCGCUCGGGAGAACCCCCCCCCGACGCCACCUCCUUCCCCCGCUCCCCCCGGCCGGGCCUCCUGUCUCGCACCUUCAGGAGCAGCAAACGCUCGCAGUCGGCGACCCGGGUCGACCAGCAGGGCGACGGCGGCCUGCUGCUCCCGGGCGGGUCGCCCACCUACGUGAAGAACGCCAUGUCUCUGCCCUUCCUCAACGACGAGGGCCGAGGCGACGCCACGGGGGCGAAGAGCCUGACCUCCAGUCCGUUCAGGCAGCAGCACGACCAGCUGGACGGAAGGGGCGGGGCCUCCGCCACCCACUUCCUGGAACUGGAGGAGAGGGACUUUGGCGAGCUGACCGAGCUCCCGGAGAGCUCCUACCACUGCGGAGGAGGAGGAGGAGGGAUGAAGCACGCUGUGUCGGUGAUGUCCUUCCACGUGGACCUCGGCCCCUCCAUGCUGGGCGACAUCCUGGGGGUGAUGGAGAAGGAGGAGGACGACCUCGGCUACGAGGAGGGCAAGAGCAGCGAGGGCCGGGCGUCCCCCCCCCUCAGCACGCACGGCGAGGACGAGGACAGCCUGGAGAAGGGGCCGGACGAGGACAGCCUGGAGAAGGGGCCGGACGAGGACACCGAGGAGCAGAUGGAGCUGGAGGUGGAGGCGGAAGCGGAGCUGCAGCGCUCCGUGCACCCCCCCGGCUCCAUCGACAGGCAGCCCGAGGACGGAGGGCCCUACACCCCCCAGUACACCCCCGAGACCCGGCCCAAGCACCUGCAGCACCUGGACAGCUGCUCCGUGUCCAGCUCGGGCUCGGCCGCGCUGGAGGAGAAAGCUCACAGUCAGACGCACGCAGGGGACACGGACAGCGCCACCUUCAGCGCGCCGCCGGAGGAGGAGAGCAACUUCUCCUCCUUCCUGGAGGACGAAGACGACGAGAUCCGCGUAUGAGAUUUUUUCAAAGCCUGGCGAGAAAAGUAGGCCAGAGCUCUGGGAGGGGGCGAGUGUGAAACUAGCAAGUCCUCUGACGGAGUGGGUUUACACUUGGAAGACACUGAAGUCGUCUGCUGUGGGAACGGGAAUUUGUGACAUGGGAGUUUUACUGUGUUCCUCUGUGAAGACUGAGCCUGCUCCUGUAGGACGGGCCGACCUCCGCCUGUCGGAGAGCCUUCCCCUCCGCUGAGUGUCGCUCCCUCUCUCCCUGUCGAACAUGGAAGAGCAGCCGCUUGUUGUUCUUUUCUUUCUAUGAACCGGGAACAUUCCAGACGUGCGCUGGGAGGAACAGCGUUGGAAAGGAACUUUUUUUUUUCUUGUAAGAAAAACACUUUCCCCAACUAAAGCUCGGUUCACACGCGCUCUCGCUUUUCACACUCGACGCGUCACAUGUGCUUUUCUAUCUCUCUCUCUCUCUCGUUCGCUGUGCCUCUCUGUUGUUGUUGUUGUUGUUGUUGUUGUGGUGUUUUCUCUCUCUGGCUGUGGGACAUCAUGAGGCCUGAGCCGAACAGAAGGGCUCUGUCAACACAGGACCACUGGUGGGUGUCUUGUCACAGUAGAACAAUGGGCUGUGUUUCUGCCUUCAGCCUCUUUCAUCUUAAGAAAAACAUUAUGCUAAAGCUCCACUGAUCCGUUCACUUUCUCCCUUUAUGUAACAUCAGGGUCCUUGUCACGCUGCCAUUUCCUGCUGCACAGCGAGACCACAGAGCCCAAACCCCAAAUUCUCUUCUGUUUUUAAAUUCAGUGAUGAGCGCCACACGGACUCGGACUCGCUGUAAAUUAAAGAACACGCGGCCGUAAAAGCUUCUGGAGAUUCAUCAGCCUGAUUUAACUGUAAAGGAUGAUGUUCCUACACGAAGCUGGAGGAGUGAGGAGUCGUGUGUGUGUGUGUGUGUGUGUGUGUGU